AUGUCUUCAGGCGCCAAGCGGCUGGUCCAGUCGCUUCGUGGCCGCAGCGGGGGUGGCAGGGGCAGCGGAGGUGGUCGCGGGGAUGCUGGAGGCGGGGAAGGCAGCGGCGGCGGAGGCGGCGGAGCAAGCACCAGCGCGACCAGAUUGUGCCAUUACGAUAGCGGUCACGAGCUCGACGAGAUCUCGGUGGUCGGCCCCGCCAUCAGGGGCAACGAGGGCCUUCCCACCCCCACGACACCUUGCCACUGCGGCGGCCUCAAGUAUGGCAGCGGGCAGACGCUCUACAGUAUCGCUGGUUUGGUGCCUCCUGCACCAGCUGCACCUGCUCACGCGGCCCAGUCAGGCGUGAUUACAUCUGGCGGCGGAGGCGGCGGAGCGAGAGAUCGGUACAGCGUGAGUUCCGCUUCCGCUUUGGGCUGCGGCAGCGAGAAGCAUCGCGACGACAGGCAGGGCAGAGCGCUGGACGGAAAGAGCGGGAUCAGACGGGAGAAAGAGGAGGACACGAAAAGCGCGGACAACGUUUCCAGGAGCGCUUUGCCCUCGAAGCAGAGCCUCUUGGACCUGCUCAGCAGUAAAUGCAUGAGCCGUCACACGCACACGCAUCAUUACUGCCAUCAGCAACAGCAGGUGUACUCUGUAUCGCAGCGAUACUUCAGUUCGUCCCGCGACUCGCUUCAUGGGGCUUAUAUGAACCGCGGCGCUAGUGAGCUUGACCUAAGCCGCAAACCGAAGAGGAGGGACCAGCUCAGGGAUAGAUUCAAGUUGUCCUACCCGCUUUCGCCCUCGCGUAAGCAAUCGCACUGCACACGUAGCAACAGCAGUUGCAACGACAUCGAAACUAGGUAUUCGUUGCAACAGCAACUGGAGCAAUUUGGAAGCAGAGGUUACCCUGGACAACCGGGAAUUAAUUGGUCCUUUAUCUUCGAUCCCACGGGACGCCUGUGUUACUAUUGGUCGAUGGUGGUCUCCCUCGCCUUUCUUUAUAACUUCUGGGUCAUCAUCUACAGGUUCGCCUUCCAAGAGAUAAACGGCGAAACACUAUGGGUGUGGUUCUCCUUGGACUACUUCUCCGAUUUUUUAUACGUGCUGGACAUACUGUUUCACGUCCGAACGGGAUACUUAGAUGACGGUUUGUUGCAAACCGACUCGAAGAAAAUGCGGAAACACUAUAGGAACAGCAUCUCGUUUUACAUGGAUCUUGUGUGCCUGCUGCCCCUCGACUUUUUAUACUUAUCUAUAGGAUUCAACAGUAUACUACGAAGUUCUAGGCUCGUAAAGAUAUACCGGUUCUGGGCGUUCAUGGACAGAACCGAGCGACACACCAACUAUCCGAAUUUAUUCCGCUCCACAUCCUUGUUACAUACUUUACUGGUGAUCUUUCACUGGAACGGGUGCCUCUAUCACAUUAUUUAUAAGAACAACGGCUUCGGGAGUAAGAACUGGGUGUACAGCGAUUCCGAUACCGUGGACUUUGUGAAACAGUAUUUGCAGAGCUACUACUGGUCUACGCUUGCUCUCACUACCAUCGGUGAUCUGCCCAGGCCGAGAAGCAAGGGCGAGUAUUUGUUCGUGAUAAUUCAGCUGCUGUUUGGUCUGCUGCUGUUCGCCACUGUGCUUGGACACGUGGCCAACAUCGUAACUUCCGUCAGCUCGGAGAGAAAGGAGUUUCAGGAGAACCCUAAAAGCUCUGUAGAGGAUACACGCUCGCAAAGUCCAGAGGAGAUAUCCGCGAGUUUGUCCGCUGUCGAAUUCCUCGGCGAGUCACAAGUCGAAGAGCAACCGGAAGUGAAGAAGGAGGAAGAAGAAGAAGAAGAAGAACUGGUCGAAAGUGAAGAAAUCCCAGUUGAGACAGCGGAGGAACGAGCGGGAAACGAUAACGAGGACACAAACGACGCCUAG